AUGCCACCUCAUACGAAAACUCUUACUCCCGAUCUUGUCGACGUCCUCAUCAUUGGUGGAGGGCCUGCCGGGUUAACCUCAGACGUUAGCAUAACCCGCAACGUGCAUACAGCUAUCCGCACCGCGCACUUCCACAUGCUACCUACCUGGGAUGGUAAGAGUCCCAUAGAAAGAAUGAUUACGGGGAUAUUCGAAGUUACUGAUGAGAACGGAAAAGUAUGGAAGGGUCGAAGCUUGGUUCUCGCGACUGGUAUUAUCGACGUCCCUCUAGAAAUACCCGGUUUUGACGAGUGUUGGGGACGAAGCAUCGAGUCCUCUGGUAUCCUAGCGAUCAAUGAUGUCGCGCCGACCCCCAUCGCCCUCCACGUCUCCUGCAACGCAGCUCGGUUUACCAAAUUCGUCACCAUCUAUACGAAUGGCGAUACCUCCAAGAAAGAUGACUUCCAGGCAGCAAUUGGCCCGACUGCGCCCUUCGCUAUCGACGGUCGCCGCAUCACCAAGUUCGUCCUUGGCCCGAACCAGCUCGGCAUUAUGAUCCACUUUGAGGAUGGCACCACCAAGGAUGAAGCAUUCCUCGGACACAAGCCCGUGAGCAAACUGAAGAGUGACUUUCUAGUAAAGCAACUGGGUCUCGAGAUUACACCGCAGGGGGAUAUAAAGACCAACCCUCCAUUUGGGGAGACGAGCUUGACUGGUUGUUUUGCUGCCGGAGAUAAUUCGUCUUUCUUGAAGACGACUCCGAAUGCGGUUAACUCUGGAGCGAAUAGCGCUGCGAGAGUGGCUACCUAGUCAUAUCCAGGCCAGAAUGUACGGACAGAAGAGCCUGAGUGAGGCCAUGCAGGCCAUGCAGAAGAAGCCUACUCAAGGCGUUCUAAUAGAGAGAAGAUCGAAAAUAUCUGCACUUAUGUUACUGGAAGAAUGAUGAUUACAAUGCUAUGCCAUCAAAGCAUUCAUAUCAACUUCAUUUACCCCCAUGUUGUUGGAAAUGUGAUGAAAAACCAAGUAUAAUUCUAAUCGGGUCAAUUGUCUCCUUGAUUAUGUUAUGUUACGGGUACUAUCGUCCGCCG